AUGCCUAGUUCCGUGAGUGGGGACGAGGCAUCGCAUGCGGAUACGGAAGAGUUCCACGACGCGGAUUUGGACAAUGCACCCGGAUAUGUAGAUGCGGCGGCCCUAUCCAAAGCCACUGUAACGCCGGCCGUUUCGGCACCGGCGAGCGAUUACGGCUGGAAUGACGCCGAUUCUGACUGGGACGAGGGAAAAGAUGCUGCUGCGGAGAACAAGGAACAACAUCCUGCACAAGAACCUGAAGAUGUUGAGCAAUAUGCAAAUGUGACAGUAACGCGCUAUGUAGAGCAUGACGCGGAUGCUUCAGCAGCAGAGGAGCAAGAAACAACACUACGUGACAUCACGGUCGCUACAGAAACCACUGAUAAAAGGGUGACGGACGCAAACAACAUCUCCUCGCAAGGUUUGCCAUUGGAAAAUGACGACUUUGACGACUUUGGCGACUUUGCCGAAGGCGAGAAUGAGGACGCACCGCCUGCACAGGACAACGAGCAGGCAACGCCCGCUGCGACAUCGCUGUACAAGCCACUUACUCUUACUCCUGAGAGCACUACGGCCUCUAUUACUGAAGCUAUUGAGCCGCUCUUACCCGCAUACUUUACCAAUAUGCAUGCACCGCUUGGCGAGCAUGUUCAAGGCAAUGUUGUGGAGGAAGGGAUGCGCCAAAUUGACGGGCUUUCGCAAAUUCUCGUCACUGAAAAAAGCCGCACGCUUUUGCGCGCGUUCCAGAUGGACCCUGACGUGGCAAGCACCCCCCUUGACUGGACGCGAUCGCAUACACGGCGAGAGCACCUGAUAUCACUGGGUGUUCCCAUUAAUCUUGAUGAGAUGCACAAAGGCACUGCAUGGGCCCGCACUGAGUCGCUGCCUCCUCUUGAAAUACAUGUUGAGCCGCACACCGCACCGGAGAAACAAGCAGUGGAAGGCUUAGAUGCAGCCUUGGAAGCGGAAACGCCACGGCUGGAUAAAAACGAAAGCUGGGGCGAUCGUCGGCGGCGCGAGCUCGGGAUUCCCGAGCCUUCUGCUGAUUUUGCACGCAUCGAGGCACUUGUCAAUGUGUUGGAGGAUCAAUUGACUCUGAAACCAGUAAAAGAACUGCGCGCGAUGGAAAAGGAGCUGCAUACUCUUUCCACGGACCUGAGCCGCGUCCUGGCUUAUUAUCUGUCGAUCCGUGAAGCGUUUUCAGCCGAUGCAGAGAUGUACAACGCCAUGAUCCGCGAUCUAGUUGCGGGCGCAUCUAACAAACUCGCAUCUGCACGUAAGACUGAAAAGCGCAGCUUGCUGCAAAGUAUCCGGCGCAGCGGAAGACCCGGCACGCCUUCUGAGUAG